GGUCAGAGCUGAGUACACUGCACUUGCGGGCCUUAAACUGAGAAAAAAAAUAUAGCUUUAAGUCAACUGGAGUACGCUUCAAACCCCUUAAACAGCUCAUUGCAGUUCACUAAUCAGAGCUGUAAGAAGCUAAUUUGACUUUCAGAGAGGUUAAGAAUAGAGAUUAGAGAGACCGAGGAGGGCGUGACAGUGAGCCAGCCGUACAGGCAAGCUGCUGCUGCAAGGGGGAGGAAGAGCAGGCGAUGCAUCAGCCAAAGCCAGAGGUCAAGAAAAAACGCGAAAUAAUAGUGAAAAGGUAGACUGAGAGAGAGGGGGUCGUUUGUGACCUGAGCCAGAAAAAAACAGACACCAGCCUCUCUUUGUUGUGUGGGCCACCGAGCAGGGAUGUGAAGCAGAGCACCAGGGAGGAAGGGAGGCGACUGCAAGAAAGACAAGAAAAUGCUCUCAGAGAUGAUGUGCAGGAGGAGAUUGCAGCAGCAGGGUGGGAAAGAGGCUGCACAGAGGGACCCUUCCAUUCGUAGGAAACACGGCUGGUCCAAGAGCUGCAGGGGGCGCCUGCAGGGCCGGAGGACAGGAAGGGGAGGGUGGCCAAAAGGGCGUAAUCACCACCAGCACCCUCAACGUCAUCCUCCUCAUCAUUACCCUCAGCCGCAACACUUCCAGAGGCCAGUGAUGUCCCUCCGGCCCGUUAACGUCAAAGGAAACAGAGCGAGGGGGAUGCGGGCCCCCAAGAACACCAACCAGUUUCUAAUGCACGAGAAGUACCAGAUGCUGCACAUGCGCUCCGACUCAGUGGGGAGCGACAGCGGCAGCUGCUCCGACAGCGAGGUGGAGCUCACAGACAUGGACUCAUACCUGGGCGUCCUGGAGAAUGCAAGAGGAGCCCUCUUGGACAGUCCCAACCCACACGGCUCAACGGCGCCACCAGGACAGAUUCUGGUACUGCACGACGACAGUCUGCGUCUGCAGGAUGACAGUCUGCGUCUGCCGGAGGACAGUCUGCGCCUGCAGGAGGACAGCAUGCAAUAUUUCCCCUCUGAAGAUGACCUGAUUCAGAGCCAGAAUUUCAUGCAGAGGGACUUUGUUGAGUUCUGUGACAUCCUGACACCCUGAAGGCAAACUUUUUUGUUCCCAGCAGUGUGAAACUCAAACCUCAGACUGAACGGGGUCAGGUUCGUUCUGCUUCAUGUUCACAGGAAAUAAAAUAAAAAUAUCCAUCCUAUCAAAGUCAUUUAGCCUUAAAAUGUUAUGUUAUUUUCCACCAGAAGAAACUUUUCAAAACAUAUUUUUUUAAAGUGUCAUUUUUUUCAUAAGCUACCCAUGCAGGUUAUGCCUUAGUUAAUCUUUUUUUCAAGAUGCUGUGUGAGUGAAAUUAUCUCAUUAUUAAGAUGGGAUAUUUUUUACAGUUCAUGUUUGGUCAUGUAAAAUGUGUCCCGGGUGCUCUAAAGUGCUGCCUUUCUGUUGUUGUUGUUGCUGCACACAAAAGGAGAUGGGUUGGGUGGUGGGAGUGAGCCCACUAGGCCAAUCGGCAUUGAGCUGGCUGGAUUAGGCUUCAGACGAUUGGCUGAAGCAGACUGUCAUUAACAAAAAAGCUUUUUAUUGUACAGAAUAAAAAUAAACCCAAAUAAAUAUCUCAUUGAUGUAACAUGG